GAAUAAUUUCUCUCACCCACCACUAUAUAAGUAAGUUAAACAGUCGGGCAUUCAACGCAUAUUGUUGUUAUAUCUUUGUUAUCGUGUUGAAUAUGUCUGGUGGGCAACAUCAUCAAGCAGUUAGUAUUCCUGUGAAUCGUGAGCAACGGUCAUUUGAAAGGCAGAGACGUGACCUGUUAACUGGCCUGGAACAUGGAGGUGGUACUCAUCGUGGCAACCUAAUCGCACCGUACACGGAAGACUGGCCGAGUACUGUGGACAGCUGGAUCAACUCCUCGUGGAGGAGAUGGGAUGAAGACAUGCGACGUUUGAGACGUGGAAUGUUCGCGCUAUUACCGUUGGACAACUUCACCCACGGUAUUUGGGAGAAUCCAUUCGCUUUAAUGCACCAAAUGGAUCGUCAUAUCCAGGAUAUCCGAGAGAGAAUGGGCUCAAUGGAUGUUCCGUCGACCGGUUCAGUGAGUGACUUUUUGAAGGACGCCUACGAAAUAGGUGAGGAUGGCAAGGUACAUUUCAAGGUACGAUUCGACGCACAAGGUUUCGCUCCUCAGGACAUCAAUGUGACGUCGAGUGAGAACCGUGUGACGGUACACGCGAAGAAGGAGACGACGACCGAUGGUGGGAAGUGUAGUCGGGAGUUCUGUCGUAUGGUGCAGCUGCCGAAGAGUAUUGAUGAUAGUCAACUGAAAUGUCGCAUGACAGAUGAUGGUGUUUUGAUGUUGGAGGCUCCAGUGAAGGUUGAUCAGAACCAGUCGUUGACGCUGAACGAGUCUGGUCAGGUGGGUGUUCGACCGAAAUCGGACAAUCAGAUUAAGGCAGUUCCUGCGUCUCAAGCACUUGUUGCAAAAGGUGAGAGGAGUUGUGAUCGAUCUGGUGGGUGUGUUAUUCUCGUUUGUGUGUGUUGCAUUUUCCUAACAUUAUAUUUUUUUCCUAUGCAUUUCAGGUGUUCAUGGUCUAUCGUAUGUGGAUGAUGGUUCAGGUGGCAAGCGAUUGCAUGUUGAGGUUCCAGUGGACCCAGUGUACAAGCCUGAAGACUUGUGUGUGAAUGUUGAUUCGAAUCGUGUUGUGGUUAGUGGACGUCAUCAUAAGCAGGAGAGUGGUCAAUAUGGAAAGUCAAGUUCAUUUGCAGAGUUCAGUCAGUCGUAUGCGAUUCCCGAGACAGUUGAUCCGUUAUCUGUUUCUGCUCAGGUAGUUGGCAAUACAUUGGUAUUGGAGGCGCCAUUGGAGAAGCAACAUGCGAUUACUCAUUAGGAGCUAAAUAGUACGAACUGGAUUUACGAUGAUUGUGGUGAAGAUGGUGAUAAUAAUAAUGGCGAUAAUCAUGCUUGCGUGUUUGUUUUUAUUUCCUAAUAUAUGAAUUUACCUACUUGCUAUUUGCUUUCAUAACCGUGAAAUGUUUAUGGCCUGAGUCUUGGUAAUUGAUUGGGUCGGACAACAGGUGGUUUUUCGAGUUAUAUUUAUGCUUUAACAUUUGUCAUGUAUCAGAUUGAGAUUUAGUGUGAAAUGUGCUUUCAUGCGAAUGAAUUUUAUUAGGAUUACGGUGCAGUGAAUUUCGACGUGUGACACCAACUAGUGCUCUUUUUACUCAGAUGGAAAUAGUCGUUUAUUGACUACAUAAACUCUGGAUUUUACGAUUGCUUAUGAAGAUUAGUUACCAGUAUUUGUGUGUAAUACACCGAUUAAAG